AAGGACGGGGGAGGAGGGAGGAGGGAGGAAUGAGGAAAAGAAUCUGGACCUGGACCUGAAGUACCAUUCUUGGCUUCUCCUUCAUCAUGAACCUUCCUACAUCGCUGCUCAGCCUCUUGCUGAGCCUGACAGGUGCCUGGGCUCUUCAGUGCUACAGUUUGGAACGUGUCUUCACGGGUCCUUUUGAUCUAUCCGGCCUCUCGAUCCCCACUGUGACCUGUGGUUCACGACAAAAGACCUGCCUGGAGGCAGUGACUUCCAUGAGUACAGGUUACAGAAACUCGGUGACCCUGGUGAAAAAGGGCUGUUCUUAUGGGGAAGGCUUCGGGGAGAUGACCUCAGGUGGGGACUCACUGCCUCCUGACUACACCAUGGUCCUUCGAUGCCAGGAGGAUCUGUGCAACCGCCAGAUUGACAGCCACGACAGCAUCCCCAACCUCAGCCCAGCCCCAGAUCCUCCAGAGCUCAGUGGCACCGAGUGCUGGGCAUGCAUCAGUACCAAGGCUGAGGAUUGUGAGCUCCAGAACUCCCGCAAGAUUAAGUGUCAUGGAGGCCAGAGUGUGUGCUUCCAGGGUCAAGGCUCCCUGACCAUUGAGAACUUCUCCAUCCCCAUCUAUGUGAAGACAUGCCAAGAACCCACAUGCACGGUGAUUGGGGCCACCACUCAAAGUUCAGACAACUACCUCAAAGGCUCCUGCUGUGGGGAGAACUUCUGUAACAGUGGUUCCAACAGACAAAUGGACCACAUCAAUGAUACUGCCCCCUCCCAUCCCACUGGCCUCGUGGGUCUCCCACUGUUCCUGACCAUCUCCUUUCUGUUAGGGCCACUGAGAGAAGCCCUGGUUUCCCUUUGAUCUUGAGGCCUUCAAGGAUUUGCUGAGAGAGCCUUAAAUCCUCAAGCCUGGGACCUGAGCAGGUGCCACUGCAGAGGAGGUGAUUCUCCAGCCUCUGGGAGAAUCCAUCCAGUGAAGGGGAGCUCACUCUCUCUUGGCAAUCCAUUCUACUCUAGGCAGGGUGGGUUAUUAAGAAGGGCUUCUUCCCAUAGAACUGAAGACAUCCCAUCUGAGGCUUCUCCAGCUUCCCCAUCCCACCUUCCACAUCCUCUUUGUUCGGUGUUCUUCAUGAUGAGACAAACAAAGCAAACAAAGCCAGUCUAGUCCUCUUCUGCCUGACAACCCUUCAAAUAUUUAAGGCAGCCACCAAUUGCCAGCCCACCACUCCAACGGCUUCCCCUCUGGCCAUUAAAUGUCCCUUGAACCUUGCCCAUAUCCCUACUUGGUAUGUUCACCGGGUCUUCCCAGGGCCCUGACCUAGCUUGUCACUAUCCUUUCCAUUUCUCAACACCCCCACAACCCUCUAAGGCCAUAAAUUGAAGAGAAGGUGCCAAUCUUCACCAGUAGAGAGCAUUUCCUCACCUGGGAGUUCCCUAGACCACUCAAAUCCCAGUUCCCCUUCCUAUCCCUAGACAUUAGUGUAUACUUCAGGACCUGCUGUCUAACUUGUCUAACUUGAAGAAAUGCAAAUUGUUUCAUUGCCAGAUACAAAGUAUACAAAUCCUAAAGGCAAUAUCUCAAGAACCAUCAGGCUAGGUAGUCAGGGGUACAGUCCAGAAAGUCCUGGACAUGAGUCAGGAAGACCCGAAAUCAAAUCUAGCCUCAGACACUUUUUUUUAAACCCUUGGACCUUAUAUCUUAUCGUCAAUACUAUGUAUUGGUUGCAAGGCAGAAGAGUAGUCAGAGCUAAGCAGUGGGGGGUUAAGUGACUUGCCCAGGGUCAAACAGCUAGGAAGUAUCAGAAGCUAGAUUUGAACCCAGGACCUCUGUCUCUAGGCCUCAUCUCAAUCCACUGAGCCACCUAGCUGUCCCCCCCCAGACACUUAGAAGUACUGUGUGAAUUUUAAAACUAUUCCACCCUAACCAGACCAUACUUUAGAAGAUCUGAUUUAGCUAUUUCCUGAUCAAUAACAAUAGAGAUUCUUGGACUAACAGAAUCAGGUCUUCGGAACCCUGAAUUUCUCCACCCUCCUUAGUUUAACAAGAUUAGGAAGGUCUGCACCAAAUCAAGAUUUAAUUAUCUGAGGAAAGGGCCUUCAAUAGACAUGUGCAGAAAAAGCAGACAGACCCCUGGGCUGUCCUAAGUCAAGAUAAGCUAUCACUGGUACAGAUGAGAUGCAGGAAAGUUACAUAAAACCGUCUAUGUAAGGCACAUCACUUCCUCUCUCUUCCUCUUUCUCUAGAGAGGCGACUCUUUCUGGCAGUAUGCUAGGCUUUCUGACAUCUUGGAGUGGUGGCAGUUAUUUGUCUGGGUUUGGUGGUGAGUUUUGCCCUUGACCUGAUUCAGGUUCAGGCAUCUUAGCUGAGCCCUUUUGGAGGUCAGACUGAUUCCUUCCUCCUUCACAUUCAAACCCUUACUUUCUAGAUCUUCUAAUCUUCCCGCCCAGUACUUCCUUCUUCCUUCUUAGAAAUCUUCUCCACUAUAUCAAUUAAAUCACCAUAAAAUUUCCAGCUGACUUGGGUAUUUUAUUAUUUGGGAUUUUCCCUGGCGACCAAAUUAAAUUUAGAUUUUUAAGUCACAACACUAAAAUUAUCCUUUACAACUGUGACCCUUGGCAAAUUAUUUGACCUCAGUGGCCUUAACUGUAAAGCAGAAAUAAUAAUGGUGUCUGUCCUUGGAACUCAUUUCUCUACACUCACUACUUUUUCAGACAUUCCUGUGAUUUCCAUUAUCUCCUGUAUGUAUCUGCCUGAGUACAGUGCCUGGCACAACAUGGUAGGCUCUUGGUAAAUAUCUAUUGACGAUGACUGCCAAACUGCCUCUUCAGCCCUCCAUCCUCUGUCUCUGUUGCUGCUGUGAUGGUGACCUGGUGUGUAUAUGCCCAGACCCCUUCAACUUGCUCAUCUGAUGCAACUGUCCCGUGUGGAUGAACCUGAGAAAUGAGGAUCCUUCUGAGAGAGAAUAGUGGUGACUUUAUGAGAGGGGGCCUGUGUUCCCUGGGAAGCAGAUCAUGCCUGCACAUUCUGUGACUGGUUCCUGCUGGCUAACACCACACAGGGCUAGAAAGAGCCUUCUUCGGACCCACUGGCAUCACUAGAAGGCAGGCCCCAAAGUGCUCCCACCAUCUCCAUGUGCUUUGUCGCCAUCUAAAGGAGUGUGGCAGUCGUAGGGCCCCAAGACACCAGGCCUUUUUCUUUGUUCUUUUCUGAGGCUUAGGGAGUAGAGUCUCCAACUUGGUCUGGAGAGCAAGCCAUAGCAAUAUGGUGGUCAAGAUCCAGACCAGCCCUGAUGUUCCAAGAUGCAAAGCAAGAUCUUUGAGAGUGAAUGAUGGGAGAGUUCAUCCAGUAAUCUGGACAUGAUCUUGGUGCAUCCAAAGCUCUAUAGGAAGUGAGCUAAGUUUGGAGGUAUGAUCGCCUCACAGGCAUUGGGGGAAAUGUUGGUACUGUCUCGGGGUUGUAAACAAAGGUAGCUGACCCAGAGGGUUCUCGGUACUAUCUGUUUAGUGGGAGAGCUCCCU